CUUACUCUCGUCUGCCCCUCCCUCGCUGCGAAGAUGGCGGUCUCCAGAGUGUGCUGGGCUCGGGCUGCUUUGUGGGGUUCGGCGGGGCCCCCUGGACCUUAUGUCGCCCGGAGGCUGCAGUUUGUUCGCUCUGGCCUGGCCUGGGGGGCCCCUCGGUCUUCAAAGCUUCACCUUUCUCCAAAGGCAGAUGUGAAGAGCUUGAUCUCUUAUGUGGUGACCAAGACAAAAGUGAUUAAUGGGAAAUACCAUCGUUUCUUGGGUCGUCAUUUCCCCCGCUUCUAUGUCCUGUAUACAAUCUUCAUGAAAGGAUUGCAGAUGUUAUGGGCUGAUGCCAAAAAGGCUAGAAGAAUAAAGACAAAUAUGUGGAAGCACAAUAUAAAGUUUCAUCAACUUUCAUACCGGGAGAUGGAGCAUUUGAGACAGUUCCGUCGAGACGUCACCAAGUGUCUUUUCCUAGGUAUUCUUUCCAUUCCACCCUUUGCCAACUACCUGGUCUUCUUGCUAAUGUACCUGUUUCCUAGGCAACUGCUGAUCCAACAUUUCUGGACCCCAAAGCAACAAAUUGAUUUCUUAGAUAUCUAUCAUGCUCUCCGGAAGCAGUCCCACCCAGAAAUUCUUUGUUAUUUAGAAAAGGUUAUCCCUCUCAUUUCUGAUUCAGGACUCCGGUGGCAUAUGACAGAAUUGUGUACCAAGAUGCAGCGUGGUACCCACCCAGCAAUACAUGAUAUCCUGGCUCUGAGAGAGUGUUUCUCUAACCAUCCUUUGGGCAUGAACCAGCUCCAUGCUUUGCAGAUGAAAGCCUUGAGUCGAGCAAUGCUUCUCACACCUUAUCUGCCUCCUGUCUUGUUGAGAUACCGUUUAAAGACUCAUACCAGUGUGAUUCACCAACUGGACAAGGCUUUGGCAAAGCUGGGGAUUGGUCAGCUGACUGCCCAGGAGGUGAAGUCGGCUUGUUAUCUUCGUGGCCUGAAUUCCACCCAUAUUGCUGAAGAGAGGUGUCGAACUUGGCUGGGAGAAUGGCUGCAGCUUUCCUGCAGCCUGAAAGAAGCUGAGCUGUCCCUCUUGCUACACAAUGUGGUCCUGCUUUCCAUCAACUACACUGGGACAAGGCGCUGAGCCGACAAGGAGCGGGUGGCAUUGUCCUGCAUGCAGUCACAUAGUCCAGCAGCGUGGGACCAAACAGCACUUGUCAGCAAAGAGUG